UGCAGCUGUGAAAAGAGUGCUUAAAGUGGAUUUCCAUAAAAGCGUUAGAAAAAUCAAAACAAUUAAAUAACCAACAAAAUAUAUUAUACUUGUAAAAAAUAAAAUUUUUUAAAAUCAUUGAAAAUUUAAAAAUAUUUGCGAGUAGCAAAUUUAUAGAAAAAAAAAAUUCAAACCUGACGCAACUGUAAAAAGUUGAGACAAAACAUUCGAAAGCCUUAAUAAAAUUCAUAAUAAAUUAAUAUAUAAACUAUUCGUUGAAUUAUUUAUUUUAAAUACAGAAAAGUGAAAAUUUUAAUAAAUAUUGUAAGCUGUAUAUUGUAAGACAAGUUUUUUACGCAUAAAAUUAAUUCGAAAAUCGCGAGAAUUUCAGAAUUAUAAUUUUGCACAGCUAAAUUACAGCGCCAAGGUGGGAGCGAAAUAAAAUAAAAAUAAACAGCAACAACAACAACAAAUAUAACCACUCAAACACUGCGAACGUCAACAGAAUUGACAAGCAAAGGAAAAAAGAAAAAGCAUAGAAAAUUUGAAAAUUGUAAACAAACUGCGAAUAGAGAAGGAAGGCGCCUAUAAUUGAUAUCGUUCAAUUAAAUUUAAUAAAAAAAAAUAUAAACUUUUUGUUUAAAAUAUUUCAUUUUGUUAAAAAAUUAAUAUGAAUCUAUCAUUUGCUGGUUGUGGAUUCUUGGGCAUUUAUCAUGUAGGCGUGGCAGUUUGUUUCAAAAAAUAUGCACCUCACUUAUUAUUGGAGAAAAUUGGCGGCGCUUCCGCGGGCGCUUUGUCGGCAUGUUGUCUGCUGUGCGAUUUGCCAUUAGGUAGCAUGACUUCCGACUUUUUCCGUGUUGUUAAUGAAGCCCGUCGCCACUCUUUAGGUCCAUUCAGUCCAUCUUUUAAUAUACAAACAUGUCUCUUCGAAGGUCUGCAAAAACACUUACCCGAAGAUGCACAUAAACGUGUGAGCGGUCGUUUACAUAUAUCACUAACACGCGUACAUGAUGGCAAGAACGUUAUAGUAUCAGAUUUCAAUUCCCGUGAUGAAUUGCUUCAAGCUCUACUAUGUGCCUGUUUCAUACCUGGUUUCUCUGGCAUAUUGCCACCACGCUUCCGUGGUGUACGCUAUAUGGAUGGUGCAUUCUCUGAUAAUCUGCCUAUACUAGACGAGAAUACUAUCACUGUUAGCCCAUUCUGUGGAGAGAGUGACAUAUGUCCACGUGAUCAGAGUUCACAAUUAUUCCAUCUUAAUUGGGCCAAUACAAGCAUAGAAAUUUCACGUCAAAAUAUUAAUCGUUUCGUGCGCAUCUUAUUUCCACCACGUCCAGAAUUUCUAUCGAAAUUUUGUCAACAGGGAUUUGACGAUGCAAUGCAAUUUUUACAUCGCAAUAAUUUAAUCAAUUGCCGUCGUUGUGUUGCCGUCCAAUCCACAUUUGUUGUAUCCGAGACUGUAUCACAUCCACAAGACUUUGAUCCCGACUGCAGAGAAUGCAAAAAACACAGAACUGAUGCAUUAAGCUCUAAUAUGCCUCAAACCGUGCUCGAUGUUAUACAGGACUACAUUGAACAAGCUAACAAGGGGUUAGCAAAUUGGCUCUUCAAACAUCGUGGAAUUAAAUUAUUGUCACUGCCAGCAACAGUACCUAUGGAUUUCUUUUUAGCAACAGUUUCAAAGUAA